AUGUUAAACGGAUCUCCUGGUCAACUUUUUAAUCCAAGUAGAGGAAUUAGGCAAGGUGAUCCAUUAUCAACUUACCUAUUUAUUCUGGCAAUGGAAUCCUUCUCUAGAAAAUUGACAUUCUGUGAAGAUUCAAAUCAGUUACCAGGAGUAAAAAUAAGAAUUAAUCAUCUUUUAUUUUCGGACGAUUGCUUAUUGUUUUGCAAAACCAACAGAACUCAAGCUUUGAAGAUACUAGAAAUGAUUGCAGAAUUCAGCACAUGCUCCAGACAGAUGAUCAACUUCAGCAAGUCAUUUGUCUACUUCAGCAAAAAAAUGGACCCAGAUGUUUGCAAUGAACUUGCUGGUAUUAUAAAUGUCAACCAGAUGAACCUUAAUGAGAAAUAUUUAGGUCUUCCUUUCUUCAUUGGCAGAAAUAAGAGAGUUUCUUUCUCUACUAUAGUGGAUAAAAUGAAGGUUAAUCUUGAUGUUUGGAAGGCAAUAAACUUAUCAGAAGAAGGUAGGACAGUUAUGGUGAAGAACGUUCUUAACUCAAUCCCUGUUUACCAUAUGACUUCUUUUAAAUUGCCAGAAACUACUAUAUCCAGUAUAAAUUCGGCUCAAACAAGUUUUUGGAAAAGAAAAAAGAACAUCAGGGGUUUGCGUCUUAUUUCAAAAAAUCACCUUUGUAGACACAAGCAUGAUAGAGGACUUGGAUUCAGAGAUAUGCAUCUUUUUAAUAAAGCUUUACUCGUUAAAUCUAUCUGGAGACUGUGUACCAGAGAGGAUGAAGUUUGGGCCAAAACACUUGGAGCUAAAUAUUUCAGCAAUGGAGAUCUUUUUAAUGUUGAAGAAAAACAAGACUCUUCAUGGAGUUGGAAAAGCAUCGGUUCUGAGUUAAAGGACAGACUAAUUUGGAAAUUGGAGAAGAACGGGCGUUUUACUGUAAAAUCGGCCUACAAGAAACUCUAUGAGGAUAAAUACAACUUUGCUUUUACAAACCCUGCUAUGAGAAAUAUAUGGAUCAAACUUUGGAGACUUCCGGCCUUUCCAAGAGUACAACACUUCUUAUGGAAAUGCCUUUCAAACACUCUUGCUACCAGAGAAAAACUUUCUAUGAGGAUCAGUGAUAUAGAAGCUAACUGUCCGGUGGGUUAUAGUACAAUUGAAACAGUUACUCAUAUUAUCUUGCACUGUGACUUUGCAAGAGCAGCUUGGUUAGCUUUAGGCUGCAAUUCUGCUGUACCAAGUGAUCUUAAUAACUGGAUAAUGGAUUGGUUUAAGGAAGGAAUAGAGGAAAAUAUUGCAGACAAAGAGAUCGCCAAGAGAGCCACCAUUGCUUGGAGUCUUUGGACUGAAGAAUGUGAGGUGGUGUUCCAGCAAAAAACUAUUAACAUCCAUGGGUUUAUAGCAAGAACAAGAGCUACUCUAUCCUCUUUAACUCAGUCUGCUGCUAAUACAAUCACUACUUCAUUACAGAAUAGUGAUAUCGGGAUAAGUAGACAAAACCUAACUUGGACUCCACCUGCUACAGAUUUUCUUACUUGUAAUUGUGAUGAUCUUUUCAUGCUUUAA